GAAAGCCUCCGAAAAUUGCUGACAGGCGAUUGUUGUUUUACCAAAGCUUUGCGUUUACGCGUUUUCCUUUCGGAUUUCUCCGCCGUCAGUGUUUCAUGAAGACACGGUAGGAUUUGAUGUUGGACGAUUAAUCCCGGUUUGUGUGGAAAUAGAGACCUGGCUCCAUUGGGAGAGAAUCGGAUCAAACAAUGAAGCGGCGAGUGCUACUGACGUUUUUCUCGCUCUUUCUCAUCAACUCCGCGAUCGGACAAAUAAGCUACUCUAUUCCUGAGGAAAUGCCAAAGGGGUCCCUGGUGGGAAAUAUCGCACAUGACUUAGGUUUGAAUACGAAACGUUUUGUAUCAGGGAAAGCAAAGAUUCAUACCAGGAACAGUUUGGAGUACGUGGAGCUGAACAGAGAAAGAGGAUUGCUCCUCGUGAAGGAAAAAAUCGACAGAGAGGCGCUGUGCACGGAGGUUACGGUCUGUAGUCUGGACUUUCAGAUUAUCUUGGAGAAUCCUAUUGAAUUUUACACCGUCACUGUCCAGAUUACGGAUAUUAAUGAUAAUGCUCCGACGUUUGAAAAAAGUGAGAUGCAUUUUAAAAUUAGUGAAUCUGCAUCUCCAGGAGGAGAAUUCGUGUUAGAAAGGGCGGUGGAUCAUGAUGUGGGAAUCAAUGGAGUUCAGAAAUACGAUUUAAAACCAAGCGAUAAUUUUGCUUUGAAGCUGCACAAUAAUCCACGUGAUAACAAAAAUGUGGAGAUGGUGUUACAGAAGCCUUUAGACAGAGAGACAGAGGCGGAGAUAAAUCUAAUACUGACCGCUGUAGAUGGAGGAGACCCACAGAUGUCGGGAACGAUGCUGAUCGUAAUAACAGUUUUAGACGCAAAUGAUAACGCCCCACGUUUUACACAGAAAACGUACAAAGCAGCAAUUAAUGAAAACUCACCCAUAGGCACUGUUGUUGCUUCUGUUGCAGCGUCAGAUGCAGAUCAAGGCUCUUACGGAAAAAUAACAUAUUCAAUUACAAGUACGCAGGCAAAUGUCAGAAAAAUAUUUCAGAUUAAUGAGCAAAACGGAGAAGUGUCUCUAAUUGGAAAUAUUGACUUUGAAAAAAACAAAUUAUUUGAAAUUAUUAUAAGAGCUUCAGAUGAUGGAGGACUUACUGAUUCCUGUAAGCUAAUUGUUGAAGUGGAAGAUAUAAACGACAAUAAGCCUGAAAUUAGUAUAAUGUCAAAAUCAAAUGUUAUAUCAGAGGAUGCUGAAGUUAACACUGUUGUAACAGUGAUAAAUAUAGAAGACAUUGACUCUGGAGAAAAUGGGAAAGUGAAAUGCUUUAUCACUGAAAAUAUGCCAUUUGUUCUGAAAUUGUCAACAAAUAAUAUUUACAGUUUAGUGACAGACAUCGAAUUAGAUAGAGAAACAUAUUCUGAGUAUAAUAUCACAGUAAUUUGCUCUGAUGAAGGAGUUCCUUCACUCUCUAGCAGCAUAACUUUCAGCUUACAGAUCUCUGAUGUAAAUGACAACGCACCUGUCUUUGAGAGGAGUUCUUAUGAGUCCUACAUUGUAGAAAACAACACACCAGGUGUGUCUAUAUUUACAGUAAAAGCUACAGAUGCUGACUGGAACCAGAAUGCUCGUGUUUCUUACAUACUGGAGGAAUCCUCUGUUAACGGAGUGCCAGUUUCCUCAUAUGUAUCUGUCAGUGCUGAUAGUGGAGUCAUCCAUGCAGUUCGCUCUUUUGAUUACGAACAGGUCAAAGAUUUCCAGUUCCGCGUCAGAGGUCAAGAUGGAGGCUCUCCUCCUCUCAGCAGCAACGUAACUGUGAAAAUCCUAAUCCAGGACCAGAAUGAUAAUCCACCUCAGGUUCUGUACCCAGUCCAAACUGGUGGCUCCAUGGUGGCUGAAAUGGUUCCUCGUUCAGCAGAUGUGGGCUACCUGGUGACUAAAGUGGUGGCUGUGGAUGUGGACUCUGGACAGAAUGCCUGGCUCUCCUAUAAACUACAGAAAGCCACAGACAGAGCGCUGUUUGAAGUGGGCUUACAGAAUGGAGAAAUAAGAACUAUCCGUCAGGUGACUGAUAAAGAUGCUGUGAAACAAAGACUGACUGUCAUAGUGGAGGACAACGGGCAGCCCUCUCGUUCAGCUACAGUCAUUGUUAACGUGGCGGUGGCGGACAGCUUCCCUGAAGUCUUGUCGGAGUUCACUGACUUUCCUCACGAUAAGGAAUACAAUGACAGCCUGACUUUUUACUUAGUGUUGGCUCUGGCUGUGGUUUCCUUCCUCUUCAUCACUUUAGUGGUUAUUAUAUCAGUGAAGAUCUACAGAUGGAGACAGUCUCGCAUCCUGUAUCACUCCAGCCUCCCUGUGAUUCCAUAUUAUCCACCUCGUUACUCAGACACUUUGGGAACAGGAACUCUGCCACACGUGUACAAUUACGAGGUGUGCAGGACGACUGACUCAAGAAAGAGUGACUGUAAAUUCGGAAGAGCUGGUAGCCAGAAUGUGUUGAUAAUGGAUCCCAGUUCCACAGGAACGAUGCAGCGGAUACAGAGUGAGAAAAACAUCCUGGAUGAACCCGACUCUCCUCUAGAGGUUAGAAAGAUUUUUUUUUUUUACACUUUUUUCUGCUAUCAAGUCUUUAUAAUGCAAUUUCCCAAAGUUUAAUUAAAAAAACUUUACAUAUUGCGCGUUGUGAUGAAAGACUUGAAGGAUAUACGGUGUAUUUGUGAUUUGACUGUAUGAAUGUGUAAAAGAAAAUAGAAAGCCAUGAAAAACAGAAUGAGAUUUCAGAUACUGGACAGAAGUAUUUUGUGUUAUGGACCCCUUAGAAGUAAAUUGUUUUCUAAAUAUGUGCUCAGUUUCAAUAUUCAUUUUAGAAAAUUAACUAACACUUUUAUCAAUCAGAAUAUUUUACUUCUUCGCGGCGCUAUUUCACGCCAGGACCCUGGACAGGGACUUUUUUUUCACUUCGUCUCUACCUACCAACAACUUCCUUGUUCAUAAUUAUAUAAUAUCUGUCCUUCUCAAAAAUGUUCCCAGUAAAUGUAUAAACUAAUGAUCUCCAUCCUGUUUCAGUUCACUAACUUCCCUGCUCCUCUCUUGAAUUCCUAGUUAUUUUUGAAACAAGCGAAUGCAUAAAUAUUUUGACUUUAAUGUCUGAAGGAUUUUGAUUUUAAAAUUAUUUUUGACUUCAAUGUGUAAUUUUAUUGUAUUUAUGUGUCAAU